CCCAGACUCCAAGGGGCAGCCCCAUUAAGUUUCGCUCCCGGCUAGAAGGUCGUCGAUGAAUUUCCCGCCAUCCUUUCCUAGCUUCCUUUCCCUCGAUUCCCUCCUCCCGACAACCUCGCCCUCCUUCCUCGAGUCGAACUUGACGUGGGUGCUUUCCCCCGCGUCUUCAACCCAAGCAAGUGGCGGUCCUUCCAACAAUCCGGCUCUUGCCUCUAUAUCUACGCGAUUCUUCUGCGCGGAUCGGCGUCUAUAGCAACUUUUUCCGCUCCACAAGGCCCCAGUUUUGCACUUUGCGAUUUAGUUCUUACUUAACCGUCCAUAAACGUCGCGAACAUAUUCCUUUCGCCCUCACGAUGAGCUCUUCCGACGACGACGCACCUCUUGCGAGGUCUAACGGACACGUUUCUGCAUCGAGAAUUUCGAAAGCCGACGAUAUCGACAUGGAUAGAACCGCAUCCAAGGCAAGAGCGGCCCCGCCUGGCCUCUCCAUCCGCCAUGGCCCGGUGGACGACGAUGCUAUGGAUGUCGAUGGCCCAUCUACGAAUGGCAAGCGGAAGUCACGUUCAUCUUUGCCCAAAGUCAAUUACAAGGACGAAACCGAGAGCGAUGAUGACGCCCCUCUGGCCAAGCGACAAAAGACGAAGCCCAAGGCACCAGAGACAGAUUCGGAUGAUGAGCCGCUCACUUCAAGGAGGGGCAAGAACCUACCUCCUUCGUACAAGGAGACGGCUCUUCCCGACGAAUCCUCCGACGAUGACCAACCCUUGGGUGCUAGGCUUGCAAAGAAGAAGGCCGACAUCGAGAAGGCGGCCGCCAAGGAAGCUCGCAGCAUCCGUGCCAACGAGGCCAAGGCAAAGAAGGCUACACCGAAAAAACCUGUCAAGGACGAGUCAUCCGACGAUGAGCCUUUGGCCAAGUCAGCGAUCAAGAAGCGCCAAUCGAACGGCGCCGGAUCUGCCAAGAAAAAGUCGAACGGCGUGAAGGCUGAAUCAGAUUCCGAUGAGCCCAUUGCGAAAAAGGCAGUGAAGAGGGCCACCCCAGCCAAGGCUACAGCGGCAAAAGGCAAGGCUGCCGCAAAGGCCAAGCAAGAGAGCGAGGCCCCGGAGGAAGACGAAGAGGAGGAGUACGAGUGGUGGAAGGAUCCCAAGAAGGAGGAUGACAGCGUCAAGUGGACCACAUUGGAACACAACGGAGUCAUGUUCCCGCCCGAGUACCAACCCCUUCCAAAGAAUGUCAAACUGGUUUACGAUGGGAAGCCAGUCAACCUUCCAAUUGAAGCCGAGGAAGUUGCCGGCUUCUUUGGAGCCAUGCUGAACUCCAAGCACAAUGUCGACAACCCUGUAUUCCAAAAGAAUUUCUUUGAUGAUUUCAAAGCUGUCCUGAAGGAGUCAGGCCACGCGACUGACAAACAGGGCAACAAGGUCGACAUCAAAGAGUUCUCCAAGAUGAACUUUGAGCAAAUUUUCCAAUACUACGAGCAGCAGAGCGCCAUCAGAAAGAACAGGUCCGCAGCGGAGAAGAAGGCGGCAAAGGCUGAGAAGGACGAAUUGGAGGCCCCGUUUAUGUACUGCAAGUGGGACGGACGCAAGGAAAAGGUUGGCAACUUCCGCGUCGAACCUCCGAGUCUCUUCCGCGGCCGUGGCGAACACCCAAAGACCGGAAAGCUCAAGAAGAGAGUGUAUCCUGAGCAAAUCACCAUCAACAUUGGCAAGGAUGCCAAGGUUCCGGAACCCCCCAAGGGCCACAAAUGGAAAGCGGUUGUCCACGACAACAAGGCUACUUGGUUGGCUAUGUGGCAGGAAAACAUUAACGGCGCUUACAAGUACGUGAUGCUGGGUGCCGCCAGCGCCAUCAAGGGUCAGAGUGACAUGAAGAAGUUUGAGAAGGCGCGCGAGCUGAAGAAGCACAUCGACAAGAUUCGCAGAGAUUACACCAAGGAUCUCAAGAGCGAGAUUAUGGCUGACCGACAGAGAGCCACAGCCGUGUACCUGAUCGACAAGUUCGCUCUCAGAGCGGGCAACGAAAAGGACGCUGAGAACGAGGCCGAAACCGUCGGUUGCUGCUCCCUCAAGUACGAGCACAUCACCCUGCGAGAACCCAACACCGUCAUCUUCGACUUCCUCGGAAAGGACAGUAUUCGGUUCUACGACGAGGUCACGGUUGAAAAGCAGGUUUUCAAGAACCUCAAGCUGUUCAAGAAGCCGCCAAAGACAGACGGCGAUGACAUCUUCGACCGCCUGACUACGACACAGCUCAACAACCAUCUCAAGAAUUACAUGCCGGGUCUGACAGCGAAGGUCUUCCGUACCUAUAACGCAUCCUUUACCAUGUCCAACCUCCUUCAAAAGCUGGUUGAUCACAAGAACUUAACGAUCGCGGAGAAGGUCAAGCUCUACAACGACUGCAACCGUGAGGUCGCCAUCCUUUGCAACCACAAGCGCACUGUGGGUGCCGCCCAUGAGGCUCAGAUGGAGAAGCUCGGUGAUCGUAUUAAGGGUCUUCGAUACCAGCAAUGGAGGACGAAAAUGAUGAUGCUUCAGGUGGAUAGUAAGGUGAAGAAGAAGAAGGGCGCUGACUUCUUCGCUCGUCCGGAGGACUUGACGGACGAAUGGAUCCUUGAACACCAGAAAUUCCUGGUGGAAGAGCAGCGUAGCAAGAUCACGAAGAAGUUUGAGAAGGAUAAUGAGAAACGCCUCGCUGAAGGAGAGAAAGCGUUCCCCGACAAGGAGCUUAAGGAGCGUCUCAAGGCAGCAGAUGAACUUGCGGCGAAGUUCAAGAAGGAGAACAAGUCGAAGAAGGUGGAGCCGGAAGGUCGAAGUCCCUCAAUUGAGAAACUCGACGAACAGGUGAAGAAGUUUGACGACAGGGUCAAGACCUUGGAGCUACAGGCUGCUGAUCGUGAUGGUAACAAGGAGGUCGCCUUGAGCACCUCUAAAAUUAACUACAUUGACCCUCGCCUCACUGUCGUCUUCGCAAAGAAGUUCGACGUUCCUAUUGAGAAGUUCUUCUCGAAGACCCUCCGUGACAAGUUCAGCUGGGCCAUCAAGUCCGUUGAAGAUGAUGACUGGGAGUUUUGAUCCCAACAUUCGGGUUCUUUACUACACCAGCCUUCCGUCACUCGGCAAUAUUUAUUACUGUAUUUGUUUGUACCAAAAGCAUUUCGACAUUUCAGCAUUUCGACUCCUAGCGCCAACAGACUGCAGAGUCCGAGACCGGACUGCCAGCAAGCCCCUAGUUCGCUAUCUGGCGUUGGGCAUUUACGAUGGCGGGGGGAGAGCAUAAAACAGGUGACAGUGGCGGCACAGUCGCCAUGUAUACAGCGCGAGGGAAAAGGAAGUGCCACAGAGAUAAACAGAGCCUUCUUCAAAAUCGGCGAGCUUAGAGAGAUUCUCUUUGCUGCUGGCCGCUCUUUUUUCUUCUUUUCUACUUGCUAUAGAGCCGCAUACAUCCCCCGGCAGACUAGAUCAGUUUAGUUAAUUCCAAAACAGCGAAUACAGUAACUCUGACCUUUCAGGCAUGUGGGCAUGUGGUGUAUGUCGAUCCUUGACUCUUGGUUCUAAAG